AGCAACCAGCUACAGUCAACAUGUCCGCCACAGGACAAAACACCUCCAACACAACCAACAACACAAAUAGUUUCAUAUCCGCCCUCGUAAUAGGCCUGGUCGUCGCAGGCGUAUACCUCGUCGUCUUCUUCCUCCUCCAUGCCAAGAACCGCAGGGUAUACCAGAGUCGCACGCUCGUAGCUCCAGAGGGGAAACGCCCCUCGGUCCUACCGGACAACCCUAUCAAAUGGUUCUCCGGCAUCAUAUUCGAGCCCGACAUCCGCGUGUUCGAGAUGAACGGACCUGACGCCUACUUCUUCGUCCGUUUCUGCAGGUUCAUGGUCCUCCUCCUCCUUCCCUACUGGGGGCUCACCUGGGUAGUCCUCAUGCCCCUCUCAGCCGCACCUCCGAACCUAGGCGCUGCGGGGCUAAACAUGUUCACGUUCGGGAACGUCACCGUCUUCGAUCGUCGUGCGGGGCAUCUGAUCGUCUUUGUCCUCUUGCUCGCUUGGAGCCUGUAUAUGAUAUACAGGGAAUACGAACAUUUCCUCGAGCUCAGGCAGGCGUACCUUAAUUCCCCUGCGCACGCGGCGACCGCAAGGUCCAGGACGGUGAUGGUGAACAACCUCCCGAAGAACGUGGUUAGCGAGGAACGUGUGCGCGAGCUGGCGGCUUUUGUCCCCGGCCCCGUGGAGAGGGUGUGGAUGCCACGCGCUGUUAAGCCUUUGCAGAAACUGUACGAUGCGAGGAAUAACGAGUGCCUCGUUCUCGAGAAGGCGGAGACGAAUCUCUCCCAGAUGGCAAGCAAGAACGUGCGUAAGAACAAGCUGCCCGAGAAAGCUGCUGCGGCCGAGGACGCGGGUCUGACAGCCAAGUACGUUCCGGAGAAGAAGCUUCCUAGCCAUAAGAUCGGCACUCUUGCGGAUUAUACGUUUGGCCUGUUUGGGAAGAAGGUCGAUACACUCUCCUACUCGCCUGCGUUUAUCAAGGAACAGGACGAGCAGCUCAUUUUGGAAAGGCAGAACGUCGAUUCCUACAAGCUUGCCAACAGCGCAUUCAUCCGCUUUACAAGCCAGGCCGAUGCACAUUUCUUCGCCCAGCAGAUCAAGAAGAACACCCUCCGCAAAGACAUGGUCGGCGCUUCGACCGAAGUCGUACCGGAAGACAUCAUCUGGUCCAACCUCUCCAUGUCGCCCUACGAACGGCUCGUCCGCACCAUCAUCUCCUGGUGCGCGACCAUCGGGCUGAUCAUCGCCUGGGCUCCGCUGGUCGCCUUCGUCGGAGUAAUUUCCAACGUCUCCACCCUCUGCUCGAGCGUCUCCUUUCUGAGCUGGAUCUGCCGGCUCCCCAGCACUGUAGUGGGCAUCAUCCAGGGCAUCCUCCCCCCCGUCCUCCUCGCAAUCUUGUUCAUGCUCCUCCCUAUCGUCCUCCGCAUAUUCGUAAAGAUGCAGGGCGAACCCCGCAACUCGACCGUCCAGCGUAAGCUCUGGUCCCGAUUCUGGCUCUUCCAGAUCAUCCAUGGGUUCCUCAUCGUCGCCCUUGCCUCUGGCCUUGUAUCCGCCUUACAGAACAUCAAGGAGACAGCUAGUGAGGCCCCGACACUGCUUGCAAACCAUCUCCCAGACUCGGCAAUCUUCUUCCUCACUUUCAUCCUCACUGUCGUCCUCGGCUCGGCGAGCAAGACCCUCUCCCGCGCUAUCCCGUGGGUCAUGUCCAAGCUCGCGUUCAUCUUCCGCGGAAGCACGCCACGCAAAGCUUACGCCUAUGACUGGAAGAUGGAUAGUAUCGAGCUUGCUACCGAAUGGCCACCUGUUGCACUCUUAGGCAUCAUCGGCAUCGUCUACAGUGUCAUCCAGCCCGUCACAGUCGGCUUCGCAGCAGUGGGGUUCUACCUCCUCUACAUGACCUACAAAUACAUGCUCAUAUGGAACUGCGACCAGCCGGAGAACCUCGAGACCGGUGGGCUCUACUACCCCAAAGCCCUUGGAGCAGUCUUCGCCGCCCUGUACAUAGAAGAGAUCUGCCUCGGAGGCCUCUUCUUCCUCUCCGGUCCUGGUGCGGGGGCGAUCGGCUGGGCAGGGGGGGCGAUCAUCGCCCUCUGUUUGGCGGUGACGGCGGUGUUUGAGGUAUGGGUAGAAUGGAGGUUUGCGAGGCUGUACACGUUUGUAGGCCCUUCUGCCGGGCCGGGGAUGCUUGCUGGGCUGGAGAAGAGCGUUUCGGAGGAAGAUGACGCGCAGCCAUACCCUGGCUCGAACAACGCCAGCUCCGAGCAGGAUGCCCCAGACCCCAACACGCACGCAUUUGACCACCCAGCACUGUGGAAACCCACACCCCUAAUCUGGCUCGCAGCUGAUACGCUUGGGAUCGCCCAGUCCGAAACGGCACGGUUGGAGGGGGAGGGGCUGAGGGCGUCGACGGAGUAUGCGAGUAUGGACGAGAAGGGGAAGGUUACUGUGCUGAGGGGGCCCCCGGACGAGCCUUGGUUGGGGGGGCAGGUGGAGUAAACGGUGAUUGAUGACACUGUUGGGUAUGGCUCGGGCAGGGUUGGUCGGCCAUCUACUUCUCGAGUUUGGCACGGAUGCGACACUCGUCGGGAUACAGAUGCAGAUGCAGAUGCAGAUGCAGAUGCGGGUGUGAGACUCAGCCCUGGUCCGAGAGCGGUUGGUGUGGACUCUCUAUUCAUAGUUGUAGUACUAUACUUGAUAAUUGAGAUAAU